CAUAUACAUAUCACUUUAGAACUGAUGAUGGUUAUGGGUUUCUUGGACUAUGAAACGUAAAACUACAUAAAAUCUUUCAGGAAGUCGCACCGCUGGUACGUUUAAAUUCUAUAUUUUUUUUAAUGAUUUUUCCUUACGUAUUUGAAAUUUUCUAAAGAAAGUAAUGUAAGGAAUAAGAAUUAGAUACAAAAUGCACGUUUUAUAUGCCAUAAAAAAACAUUGGUGUGCUAAAACAAAAUGAAUGCAAACAAAACAAAUAUCGUAGCAGGACUGUAUUUGAUACGGGGGAGUUUAGACUAGGAAAUCAAAUUUGUAUAAAUGAGUGCAUACGUAUUAGUCCGCGGCAAUUAUUAUAUAGUUAUCGAUGGUUUUCAUGCAUUCUACGCGGCACAAACAUAUUAUGAAUUUUUAAACUUAAGUACUUACUUAAAAAUUCCAUUUGAGUUGUAACUGUUCGUUCUAACCUGGGAAAUACAACCUAAAUGACAAGACAAAUCAUAUUACAUGUCGUACAUCGUUCCAUUAAGUCAAAGUUUAUAGUAUAUUCCUAUAACAAAUGCGUAUAUAAAAUACAGUAUAUAAUGCACUCAAAACAAGCAGGCCAUUUAGAAAAAUUUUAUUUUCUGUUGACAGUUUACGUGCACAAAAACAUAACAUUUAAUCGUCUCUGGCACGUUAUGAGAUUAAGUUUAUUUUAGAUACUUCCUCUUUCGAAAAAAACAAACAAACAAUUUCGUCACAUACUGUUUUUUUCUUCUGAUUCCAGCAAUCCUUCAACUCAUUGUCUUACAGAAUACCAACAUUUCAUUACAAGUUUUUCGCUGAAAUGGCCCAUUAUUAAAUUAAAUCUUGACUAAUUUUAUAAAAAAAAUAUUUAACCAUAAUCACGAUGAUAUCCGUGUAUGUAAACAGUUACGUAACACUACAAAUGUGAAAAUGUACCCACACACAAACGAAAUUUCGUUUUGUAGCAUAAAGAUUAAUACAGUAGAUAAAUAUUUUUCAAGUUUAGUUUUGUAAUAUUUACUUUUUAUUUCCGAAGGUACAACUACUGUUUGCAAAAAUAAUGAAAAAAAAUUAAGUACUAUUAAAGAGCAUCUACAGGUUUAAAAUUUGCCAAAUGUAAUACUAUAUGAAUUCUGAGCAACAUAUUAAGUUAUUGACAACAUCUUUUAUAGUUACGUAAAAUUCAGUAACAUGCUAAAGGUGGUUCAGAAUAGAAUUCAAAAUUCCAAAGACAGUUUAAGCAUUUUUAAAUACAAAUGCGUAAUUAAUCACAUAAAAAACAUGUUAGACAUUUUACCGUGCCACCUAUUGGUCGAAACUUAUGCUAUAAUGUGUAGUAAAUAAAUCAAAAUUUCCGCAAAAAUUGCUAUAAGUGCACCCAGAAAAAAACUUAAACAAUUCGAGAGUAAAAUCAACAAACAAAAACCACUUAACUCAGAAAUAUUUUAAAAAAUAUUACAGAUGAAAAUAGACAACAGAGAGAUUAAUGAUUAAUGGACUAAAUCUAGGCAAACAGCAGAUGAAUCACAAAAAAAAGAAGGGGGGGGACAGGCUAUUUUUAAUUAAAUAGUUUCCUUUAAAUAAAUUUUUAAUAAAUCUUAAACUAGCAAACUUAAUGAAUAUUAAAGCAAAGGCAAAUUAAAAUUCUUUAACUACUCUAAUGAAUUAUAUUAUUUCACUUAGGCUUGCAACAUUAGCGAGAAAAAAGAAGAAGCUGGGGUUGACACAGAACCCUCUGCCUGCUGGUGAUGGUCCUGCAACACCAACCUUGCCAGAGAGCCCAGGCGGUGAAAGUUCGGUCCCCACAGUGCCAGAUGUAACCACCAUGGCGUCUUCAGUGGCGGCGUGUACAUCACGCAACACUGAUGACAGUACACAUAGUCUGUCCGAUGACUAUCAAGGGAAUGAUGACCUUCCUCCGCUGAUAGUGGUUUACGAGCCUCCAUUGCCACAGACAGAUCCGGGACUCAGUAUGUUAGAGGGUCGAAUGAUGGUUGACGUUCGUCACUUCAUGGUGCAAUGCCGUCUUCUGGAGAGACACAGGUGUCCCAUUUCAUCUUCAGGAACAUAUUUUCUGGAAAGUGUCAACAGGUACGGUCUGCUGACAAAUUUUAAAUUUAAGUGCACUCACUGCAAUCAAGAGCAGCAGUUCAAAUCUGAGCCUGUGGAAUGCCUUCCAGUGGGAAGAAAAAGAAAAUGCAAAAUCGAUACCAACUUAGAUAUCAACGAUAAGAUUGUUUGGGGCGCAAUUUCGGUUGGUCUAGGCUACGGACCAUUGUAUGAACUAUUGUCACUAAUUGAUAUGCAUCCUAUGAGCCCGGGUUGCUUUUCUUAUCACGAGAACAGAAUCGGAGAGCACUGGAAGGCAAUGUUGCAGAAGGAAAUGGAAGAUGCUGCACUGGAAGAGUUCUCUAUGGCGAAAGAUGAUGGACGCAUCUGUAUGGUUGGAAAUGAGGAAUAUGCUUGGACCAUAGGAAUUUUGGAUGGAGGUUGGAGCCAAAGAUCCUAUGGUCAUAGGUAUUCUGCUAAGUCUGGAUGUGCUAUAAUAAUUGGCUUCUACACUAAGAAAUUGUUAUUCCUUGGUGUGAGAAACAAAUAUUGUACCGCAUGCAUUCGGAGCGAACGGAUGGAAAAGGAACCCACGCCUCACCUGUGUUUCCGGAACUGGACUGAUUCUUCCACUGCAAUGGAGGCAGACAUUAUAGUGGAAGGUUUCCGGUUCUGUGAAGCCAAGUACAAACUUCAAUUUAAGAAGUUUGUUGGUGAUGGGGAUUCAAGUGUGCAUGCAGCCAUAGUUGCAAAUGUUUCGUACGGAAGAGAUGUUGAAAAGAUUGAAUGUGCUAACCAUGUCGUGAAGAAUCUCAAAAAGAAUCUUUAUGCCAUAGCCAAGGGCAUCCAUAUGCGGCAUCUCAGCCAGUCGAAAAUCAAAGCCCUCUGUCGCUGUGCAAGAGGUUGUAUCAGCAACUGUGGGGGUGAUGCUAUGCUACUUCAAUCAACACUUCUAAAUGUGCCCAACCAUGUGUUUGGAGACCAUAAGUUAUGCAAUUUAGAUGUGUGUGAGAGAGCUGGUAAAACAGAAAAUCCCUGCAGUUAUGACGCAUUGCCUCGUGAAUUGAUUGUGGGAAUCAAACAAGCUUUUGACCGAGUGAGAGCAAAGUCACAAGCACUUGUAAUGGAUCUCACAACCAACCAAGCAGAAAUGUACAUGUCAUUAGUUGCAAGGAUGGCUGGCGGUAAGCAGAUAAACCGUUCACAGCAGGGGUCUUACAGCCGUAGGGCUACUGCUGCUGGUUUGUCUUUCCAACUUCGCUACAAAUGGCAUGGACAAACUAUGAAGGCGAUCACAGGUCACAGCCCUGGAGUGACUGUGAAGCGAUUAAUGGCAAAAAGACAGAAACAGCAGGCGAACUGUAGGCGAAGGUUGGAUAUGAAUCCGCAUGUACCACGGAAAUCGGAAUCAUUUAAACCACAGGGUGAUAAGAGCUAUGGUCCUCAUGCAACUCAGCCUCCAGCUUCUGGUCUUGAACUAGAAAUUCUGACUGAGUCUGUGAUGAGAAGCAUAGAGCUUACAGUGCAAGAAAGGAAUGAUCUGGAGGUGCAGACACGAGAUCAAGGAAGCAGUCAGUUGUGGAUGAAGGAGCGGAGAAAACGAGUCACUGCUUCCUUUUUCGGACGUGUCUGUAAAAUGAGGGAAAAUACUUCGUGUAAAGUGACAGUGGAAGCGAUUGUGUACAGUCGUGUAUUGGAGAAUGCUGCCACAAUACAUGGUCUAGCAAACGAGCGCAUAGCUGUCGCUUUAUACGAAGAACAAACAGGCCAUACUGUUAAACAAUGUGGUCUCUUCGUUGACCUUCAGCAUUGCUUUCUUGCAGCUUCUCCUGAUGGUUUAGUUGAUGAAGAUGGUUUGGUGGAGGUGAAAUGUCCAUACUCUGCAAGGGAACUUAACCCUUUAGAUGCAGCAAUGCAGCUGAAAACGUUCUUUUGCAGAGUUGUCGACGGCGAGCUUUGCUUGAAUCGCUCUCACAAUUACUACUAUCAAGUGCAAGGGCAAUUACACAUCACACGAAGAAAGUGGUGUGAUUUUGUCGUUUGGACAACGAAAGGCAUUUCAAUAGAAAGAAUUGUGAGAGAUGAUUGUUUCUGGCUUGAGAAAAUGGAGUCAAAAUUGUUGCGAUUUUUUAACAACUGCUUGUUGCCAGAGCUUGCUGAUCCAUGUCGUCCCAGGGGACAACCGAUUCGUGAGCCAGAAUAUAUUAUACAGGCACAAGAAAGUCGUUCAAAGAAACGCAAAAUUUCAGAUGUGUGAAUUUUGAGAGACAGAAAUUGUGUGGCUGACGAGAACUCUUUUUUUUAAUUUGAUACAGUGAUGCUUUAUAUCUGAUAAAAAAAUUCUAAUUAUUGUUUACUUCUCAUGCUUGUACAAAUUGCACAGUACUG